AUGAGUUCCACCGGCCACAAGCAUUAUCAUGAUAAUGAUUACCCAGCAAAAAGAGUGGUUGAAGUUUACUUUUGUGAUGAUCGUUUCCCAUUAAUAGAUGAAAACCUGAAGUUUCCAAUGGAACAAAUUCAUAAAGACAUUGAUUCAGGACUCGUAAAGGGAGAAACAUUGAUUGAUUUUAGUGUUACAGCCUCAGCAAACCAUCUUAUACCAGUCUGUAAUGGAUUCAAAGAUAUAUAUGUAGUAGACGUUAAUAAGGUCAACAUUGAUGAAUUUGAGAAAUGGCUUCAAAGCAAAGAAGACGCUGCUAACUUCUCAUAUGGAGCGAAGGUUCAUCACAAGUUAGAAGGUGGCAGAGAAGCAUGGCACUUGAAGGAAGACAAAAUAAGACAAGCAAUUAAAGGAGUAAUACAAUGGGAUAUUUCUAAUGAUGAUCAGGUCCCUGUCGAUUUACCCCAAGCAGACUGCAUUCUAAGUGUAUUUCUACUGGAAAUUACGAGCAAAGACAAAGACACCUUCCAAAGCAACCUGAAUAAACUGACAUCCCGACUUAAAAUAGGGGGGGGAAUUUUACUAUUUACACUCAUAAAUAUGACAUUUUAUAUGGUUGAUGAACACAAGUUUUUCGUUUUAACAGUCGAUACCGAUUUUAUAAAACAGGCUGUAAUUAAUGCUGGUUUUGUCAUUGAAAAGGUGAAUGUAUUGCCUAGCAAAAAAAACUGUGAACUGGUUGAUUGCGAUGCCAUAAUGUAUGUAAGAGGCCGCAAGGAAAGGGAAGCUUAG